UCCAGUCAUAUCAGCGGUUACUGUGGAAGAAAGGAGAGGUGGAGAACACUGGCCACUAUCAACGGACAUUGGGACUCGCCGUGAACAAGCGCUUUUUUGGGGUGCACUGUAACCCUCUUGAGCAAUGGCAUCAAUAGAUCGAUCAAAGGGAACGUGUUGAGGCUCUAAGCAAUGGAGUCUCUAUUCGGCGGUGAGCUUAGGCUGCUGGGAGGUGGCGAGGGCUUAAAAGAGGACGGCUGUGGCGACGUGGGCUGGUCCUCCUCACCCCUCCCUGAAGACAUGUACUCCGCCUCCCACUUCACACUCAUCACCGCCUACCAGGACAUCAAGACACGGCUGGCGGGCCUGGAGAGAGAGAACAGCGGCAUUAAGAGGAAGCUCAAGAUCUACGAGAUCAAGUUCCCAAUGAUCAGUGAGUUUGGGGAGAACAGGAACUCCUACUGCAGCUUUGAGUCCAAGGAGAAUGCCCUGCUGCAGUCAGAGAACGGCAACCUGCAACAGAGAGUCAACGCCCUCACUCACGAGGCCCAGAAGAGGAAGGAGCGUGAGGAGCAGCUGGAGGAUGUGAUUCAGGCCUAUGAGAAAAUCCACAUGGAGAAGAGCAACCUCCAGAGAGACCUGGACAAGAUGACCAGCCUAGUGGAGAACCACGUAGAGCGAAUCCUAGGUCUGGAGUCUGCUCUGAGACAGAGGGACAACUCGCUACAGAAGUUCAACACCCAGCUACACAGCAAGGACAUCCAAUACCUGCAGCUGCACAGCCCAGACAAUCACAUGCUGGACUGUCCUGCGCUGACCCUACAGAACUCUCGUAGUCUAGACACUCUGUCAGACCUGAAGCUGCAGCGUCUGGAGGCGGAGCUAGAGGGGGUGCGGCACCAGGCCCAAGGGGCGUGUCAGAGGGAACAGGAAGUGAAGGCCGAGUGUGAGAGACUGCAGGAAGAGCUGAAACAGAUCCAGAACAACCACAUAGAGAGGGAAAUGACUUCGUCGUGUGAGCAGUGUGAUGUGGAGUGGAUCAAGAAGGUGGGAGAUGAGCAGGUGAAUUUGGCACUAGCCUACACAGAGCUAACUGAGGAGUUGGGACGUCUGCAGAAACUGAGCUCCAAACAGAAAGAGAUCCUGAAGAAGACCUCCCAGGAGCAUCAUAGCCCAGUCCAACGCCAAUCCCACCCCCCAUCUCCCAUUCAUCACCAACGCCACUCCCCUGUGCCCCAGCGCCACUCCCCCAUCCCGCCCCAGCACCACUCCCCCAUCCCCCAGCGUCGCUCCCCAGUUCUCCAGCCACAGCGACUCUCCCCGGACAUGCACCGACGCUCGCCCUUGCUGGAAAUCAAUGAUGGGCCCGCCUCCUACUCCUGCCGGCCAGCCAGCCACCACCUGAGGGCUAGCUUCCAGGGCCGUCGCAGCUACUCCGAGGUCGCUGACCCUUCGGCCUACCAGCGGCCGCUGCGCCUCAGCCUGGACCCCGUGUCCACCCUGCCCAAGCCCCGGCCCUACAGGGACUCCAGCUACUCCAAGCAGCAUCAGCAGCACCAGCAUGGAGGCUCACAGCAUGGGGGGGUCCCCCCACAGAGGAGGCCAGCUCCGAGGUUCCCACUGCCGCAGUCCUCUGAAGACGAGGAGGAGUGGACCUGCCCGCACCCCAUCAGCCCCCCACGGACGCUGGGCGUGCCCAACAAUGUGUCGCCUCAUGGGGUCAUGAGGGGGCCGGCGUCCUGCUCACCCUUCCCCAUCCCCUCCAGACCCAACACCCUGACCUGCCACCCGUCAAGUUACCUGCACACAGAGCACGCCCAGUCCUGGCCCUCCAUCAAUCUGUGGAUGGAGACAGAAGAGAGUGACAUGAGGAGCUGCCCUCUGUGCCAGCUCAUCUUCCCCAUUGGUUACCCUGAUGACGCCCUCAUCAAGCACAUCGACUCGCACCUUGAGAACAGCAAGAUCUGAUCGCCAUGGCAGCACUGCACCCUCUUUUUAGUUGCUACUGUUUUUUACUUAUUGUGGAGUUAUUUUAGGUUUUAUUGCGUUUUUAAGCUGGCUAGCUUUUGUUUGACAAUACUUGAGGGCUUUUUGUGGGUUUAUUAGCAUGUUUGAAAAAAAUAGGUGGUUUAAGAAAUGACAUGGAUGGCGUUGAGGUUCAUGAGACAAUUUCCUUGACAGAUGCAAGAUCAGGGACAUUCCAGGCAACUUGCAGUCCAUUUCGUUUUAUAUCUCACACUUUACCAGUACUACUUGCUGUAAAGUGUCCUGCUUUACUUUCCUCUCUACCUAUGUACAGCAAUACAGACCAACACAAUGAAUUCCUGGAAUUAUUCGGAUGACUCUAAUGGAUAGAUCCAGUCUGUUUUUUAUUCAUGGCUUUGCGAUGUGCAGUCAGAGUUCAGAGUUAUGUUAUGGAGAGAGUAUGGCUGUGUUAAUUGUGUGUAGAAAUGUGUCCUGCAGGGCGGGCAUGUAUUUGGGGUGACGACCUCGCUGUAGUGGAGUGGAAGGAACACAUAGGCAGUUUAUCUUUAGGCUUGUGGCCUGAUCAAAACUCUGUAUGAAUCUUAGCACCUUAAAUUAACCUAAAUGAGCCUAUAUUAAAGCAUAAUUUAUCCCCCCCCCACCUAAAUUUUCCGGUUAAUGUAUAGUUUGAUAUAUCUGUUCAGUAACAAGUCAAAAGAAUCUUAUAUAUUUUAUAUUUUCUUCUCCAAAUGAUAUGUCACACAUGUAUCAUGUUGGUGACAUUUCACCCUCACAGGCUUACACACAGCUGUAUAUGGAAAGUAGGAAAGGAGGACUCCUUAUAGGGAAAAGAGUGCAUGGAAAAUAUUUGUAUAUGAUAACAGUGAUUCAACUGGGAGUCUCUUUAGUCUUCCUGAAGAAACGACCUGAAAACACUUAUAGUGGAACACUAUUUAUCACUUUUGUCCGAAAAGAAAACAUUUCUCAAUCCUUACAGUCCAACACUGGCACACUUAGUAUUUUGUAUCUUAUACAUAGAUAUCUUAAAUAUAACCUCUAAUUCAGAGUGAGUGUUUGGGGUAAUAUUAUGGAAUCACUUUUAUUUUAUUUUAUUGAGUCGAAUAUGUUGUACAUAAUUGUUAUCUGACGUUUUGGUGAGACACAGUGGCUGCGUUUACACAUGUCAAAACACACCAAUCAUAGUGUAACAGAUCCGAAUUGGGCUGCCUGUGUAAAUACAGCCAAUGUCAAUGUGUAUCCAUCAAUGCAUUUAGGUGGUUGUCAAUUUUGGACAAAAUUAUAUUCAGAAUUCACCAACAUGUCAAGUUGAACAAUGAAAUAACACAAGGGCCAUACAUUGAUUUGAGCAAAUCAGUGUCCUUUUAGAAUCCACAAAUAUUCUAUACUGUUAUGUAUAUUCAUAUAUCACUCUGUGUAAAACUUUUAAAGCUGUGUACAGACAGGUAUUGUAAGCCUAAUGCAAGUUAUUCUGUGGUCCAUAACUUUCAUCAGGACAUCUGCUAUUAAUAAUCUCUAUUAUCCUGGCUACUAAUUUAAAAUAUACACAGACAAAUCACAUUCUGCUAUUAAUCUAUUUUAUGACCUACUGGUUUGAAGUACCGUUCUUGCUAGCUUAUCUUCAAUCAAUUUAACAACCUACGUGACUAAUACAGAAUGCUGUUGAUAAGCAUUUGAUAUAUUCUUGGCCCAAUUUGUUAUGUACCAAAGAAGAAAUGUAGCACACCAUGGUUUGGUUACUAUAAGAGCUAUAUAUAUAGCUCUUAUAAUAACCAAACGAUGGUGUGUAUAUAUAUAUAUAUAUAGUUAACUAAAUAUUCUAUAGUAGGCCUACAAACGGGUGGAAAAUUAACAAACUCACCUAUGUGAAAUCCUACGGUCAUGUGUAAAAACAUAAAUAAUAAUAUGCAGACACACAUUUACAUUUACAUUUAAGUCAUUUAGCACCUUUACAUCUCAAAAUUAUUUCACUUUGGGAACUCUGUUCCCACGCAUUCCUGACCCUCGGUAGUACAUCUAUAUUCUCUUUUGAAGCUAACAAUGAUCUAUAUGAUUGUGGAGUUAGAAUAAUGCUAUCAAUUGCUAGCCAGCCCACACAAAGACAACAUUGUCUGCCAUUGGCUGUGUACAGAAUGUCAUGUUGGAUUGUACCUUUUGAUGACUUUGAAUGAAGUACCCUUUCAUAACCAAAGAAGCCUAGAUUAGAUUUAUGUACAAGAUAUACACUUAUCUCUCUUGAUGAUGACCAAGUAUCAAUUAAGCAUAUCAUGUUCACACAGAUAUGAACGGAGAGAUAAUACACGGAUAUGAACGGAGAGAUGACUAAAAUGUCCGUGUAAAUAGGAAUGGAGAGACGAUACCGUUUUAAGGAAAGCAUUCGUGACCAAAAUAUGUUGACCAGCAGCUGUAGUACAUAGCAAACACGCCUAUCAGUUCACAAUGUUAAGCAGUCAAAUGUAUAUACACACACACACACACACACACACACACACACGCACAGUCUGACACUCAAACCGCUAUCCACAAAGAGGUAAGUUAUGUAAAGAUUUCCUCUCCUGCUUUUUUGUUGUUGCUACAAAUCCUCCGUCAAGUUUCAAAUCAGAUCAAACACUGACAUUGACAACGUCUAUAAACCCUCUUUCUAGCUCUGUGACUUAUCUGAUGAUAACAGUAAACCCUCGCGGGGAAAACCCUUGACGGCUAACUGAUAAGAGCUCAACAGAUCUUUCUCACAAGCUGAAGGGCCACUAAUGAGGAAGAAGAAUCACUAUGGAGGUAUUUUGUGCACCACUGGAUUUCAAGGACUUUCAACAACUUGUAUUUCAAAAUUUAAAAAAUAGUUGCGUAAGGAGUUGUGACUUUUUCUUUCUGUAUCUACAUUUCCUGAAAAAUAAACUGGAACUUGCACUGAAAGGACUCUCGGAAUUAGUUGGUUUCGCUUAUGUAGAGAUACGCAAUUAUUUAGUAGUCUAUCUAGCAGUCAAGAUAGCAUUUAUUGUGUACCUAUACAUAAUUCUUGUGUAUCUCUAAUAUUCAGAGAAACAGUUUUCCGGGCCAAUCUUUACUAAACUGCUGUGGUGUCUAAUUUCCAAACGAUCCUAUCUAUCUCUCCCAGAGCCACUCCAGACUGCAGAGCGGAGUCUAAGCACAAGGGGGAAGCAGACAGUUGGAAUCACAUUGGGAAUCACAGUCCAUCCUCUUUACUGUCUAUUUUAUAAAUUACAGAUAGGCAUGAACCCAAUCUCUCUCUCUCUCUCACAUACAGUUUGUAUCGCUAUCCUUGCUGGGACCAAAGAAUUGAUUACCAUCCAAAAUCUUAUUUUCCCUAACCUCUAACCCUUAAUCUAAACCUAACCCUAACUCCUAAACCUAACCUAAAUGUCCCCUAUUGUCAGAAUUACCCUCGUUUUACUAUCCUUGUGAGGACUUCUGGUACCCACAAGGAUAGUUAAACAAAAACACACACACAGGGUGUGUGAUGACAUGUGUGUUCUGUGUUGCACUGCGAAUGCUGCGGUCAGUGCAACACAAGCAGUGGCUCAUCAGCAGCUGUAACCCAUUUGUUCCAGCCCCAGUGCUGACUACACACUGUGAGAGUGAGAGAGCUGCACUACUUGUGACAGCAUUUUGCUCACCACAUCGAAAACACGUGCUGCCAAUAUCCCACACUAUUUGAGAAGUAAUCAACAUUGAGUAGAGCUCUUCCGUCGUAUCAAGCUAAAUAAUUCAGAUGAUUCCACUAUGGUUAAAGAUGCACUAUGCAGAAAUCGCUCCGCCAU